AUGGUAUCCGCCGCCCUUCAUUCAGCUUCAACCAAUAUUGAAGCCACUUCGGACAAUAUCGACGCCGUCAAUGUCCUCAAGACAAACGCAAAGCAGGCUGCAAAGGAACUGUACGAUGAGUCCGAAUUUGACAAAGCUAAGGACAAGACAACUUUCCGCCAGUUCAACGAUGCUUGCGACCAAGUCAAGAAUUUCUAUGCUCAGCAGCACACCCUGCAAACUGUGGCCUUCAACUUGAAGGCCCGUCAUGACUUCCACAAUAAAACCCGCGCACACAUGACUGUUUGGGAAGCAAUGGAGAAAUUGAACACAUUCGUUGACGAAUGUGACCCCGACACCCAAGAAUCCCAAGUGACACACCUGCUCCACUAUCCGCAAAGAGGAAAGCCGCGCUGGAUGCAACUUGUUGGGUUGAUCCAUGAUCUUGGCAAGCUCCUUUUCUUCUUCGGUGCUCAGGGCCAAUGGGAUGUUGUGGGAGACACCUUCCCCGUCGGUUGUGCGUUCGAUGAUAGAAUCAUCUUCGGGACUGAGUCUUUCAAGAAUAAUGAGGAUUUCGAGAAUGAAAUCUACAGAACCAAGUUCGGCAUCUACUCUCCUGGCUGUGGACUUGAUAACGUCAUGCUCGCUUGGGGACAUGAUGAAUACCUUUAUCAUAUCGUCAAGGAUCAGUCGACCAUUCCCGAUGAGGGACUCGCUAUGAUUCGGUACCACUCGUUUUAUCCGUGGCAUCGCGAGAAUGCCUAUCAUGAGUUUAUGAAUGAGCAUGAUAAGAAGAUGCUUGAAGCUGUGCGGGCUUUCAAUCCCUAUGAUUUGUACUCCAAAAGUGAUGAGGUGCCAAACGUUGAAGAGUUGAAGCCUUACUACCUUGAACUCAUUGAUGAGUAUUUCCCAACAAAGGUUCUGAAAUGGUGA